AUGCCGGAGAAUCCAUUCGAGCCAGGAAAAGCAGGAAUUUCGGCAGUCCCCCCUGCCCCAUCGGUGCCCACCCUCCGGGGCUCACCCCGCCUGUCCCCGCAGUGCGGCUCGGCCGAGUACAUGGCCCCAGAGGUGGUGGAAGCCUUCAACGAGGAGGCCUCCAUCUACGACAAGCGCUGUGACCUGUGGAGCCUGGGUGUCAUCCUGUACAUCAUGCUGAGCGGGUACCCCCCCUUUGUGGGCCACUGCGGCUCCGACUGCGGCUGGGACCGGGGCGAGGCGUGCCACACCUGCCAGAACAUGCUCUUUGAGAGUAUCCAGGAGGGGAAGUAUGAGUUUCCUGACAAGGACUGGGCGCACAUCUCGUUUGGAGCCAAAGACCUCAUUUCCAAGCUGCUGGUGAGAGAUGCCAAGAAGCGGCUCAGUGCAGCCCAGGUCCUGGAGCACCCCUGGGUGCAGGGGUGUGCCCCGGAUAACACCCUGCCAACCCCCAUCAUCCUGCAGAGGAACAGCAGUGCCAAAGAGCUCACCUCCUUUGCUGCUGAGGCCAUCGCUGUCAACCGCCAGCUGACACGGCACGACGAGGACGAGGAGGAAGAGGCGGAGGAGGAAGCACGACCCAUCAUCAUCAAAGCUACCUCACGGGCCAUGCAGCUCUCCCCCCCCUCUGAGUCCAAGCUGGCCAAGCGGCGGCAGAAGAGCAGCCUGGCCAAGGCAGUGGCCUCUGGGCAGCACCUGGUGGCCCCGCUGGUCCUGGUGGCCGACCAAGCCUGAGCGGUGCCCCUCGCACCUGCUGUACCCCGUGUCCCCCCUUCUCCUCCUUUCUUUCUUCCCCUUUCCCCCCCAACCCCACUGUUUCUGGCUAGUGACAAGAUCAGGACUCGUCCCUGUGGCUGGUUUCCAAGGUUUUGCUGAUCUUGUAGGUCUGGGGGUGGGAGGGUUUGUUUAAGAUCUUUUUUUUUAAAGGUAUUAAAUCAAGUGUGAGGUUGCUUCACCCAGGGCACACUCAAGGACAUCUGACAGACACACGGACUUUUGUUUCCCGGCUCUUGGUUUCUCCUCUGACAUUUUCCCCCCUCCCUGACACCAAAGGACUCUUUGUAUCCGCGGCUGCUUUGACAAUUUCAGCUCAUUUCAUACUGUGAACAAAAGACCCUCGGUCGCGUUUUCAACAACGGGAGCUGCGUUUUAACCUCGUCCCUCCCCUCAGAGCUGCAGGUUUCUCUCUGGUAUUGGGGCAGAUCCCACAAAACCCCCUUCCUUGGGGGUCUGGGAGGCACCUCCCGGGUGUGGGAGGUGUGGGGAGCCUGUGCUGUGCUCGGGGGUGUCCCCAGCUCUGCUCCAGGGGGACACAGUGGGGACACAGUGUGCAGGGAACUGCUUGGGCUGGGGAGAGACGGUGCCAGCAAGGGAGCAGCGCCCAACCCAUCCUCUCUCUUCAGCAUCCUCCUUCCAGAAUAAGCUAUUUACCCCUUUUCUUUUUCUUUUUGCCCUUUUGGUUUUUUCCAUUUCCUUUUUAAUUACUGUUUGUUUUAAACUGCCAGCUGUGCUUCUCUACAGGGCAUGGAGAAAUGUCUUCCUUUCCUCCCACGCUCCGGCUGGUGGCUCCCUGGGGGAUUCAUGGGCAUCCAGGGCUGUGCUCUCAUGCCAGGUCAGGUGUUGCACCGUGGGUUUUGGAAGGGCUGGUGGCUGUGCCCUUGGGGAGGUGCAAGGGGAUAAGGUGUUCAGGGUGGGUAGAGCAGCCAGAAACACUCUCUGGGAAUUGUGUGCUCAGUGGAAAGCAAGGACCCCCAUAAAGAGCAUCAGGACCUGCUGCAGGACAGUGAGACCUGCCGUGCCUUCAGGCUGGUCCUGAGGCUGCUGUGGCAGGAGGGUCAGGGGGCACAGAGGGUGCCCAAUGCCCCAGGGGUGCCAGUGGAUGAGCAGCCAGGCUGGUGGUAGCACCAAAAGGCCAGGGCACAGAGGAGCAGCCUGGGGACAGCUCGGGAUGUGGGGCUGGAAGGUUUGGGGUCAGGGCAGCAGGGUCUUGAGCGGUCAGCACUGGUGUGUGUGGUGGUGCACGUGCACUCCUGUUCACGUGUGUUCAGGCACGCAUGGUAUCUUUUCCUUGGGGUUUGCUUUGGGGUGGGAAGGACUCGGGAUGCGGAGCUGGGACAAGGCCCUUGGCUGGUUUCUGGGUCUGUGCUCGGGGCUGGACCGGCCUCCAGCAGCCCCCAGUGCCUCCAGAUCCCCCGACACCCCUGCUCCCUGCCACAGGCACUGCUUUGGCUUGUGCCACCAAGCUGUACCCGCUGCCAGCCCCCAUCCUGCUGGGAGGGAAGCGCUCCCUUCACAGCCACCUCCUGUCCCCUCUGACUCAGUGCUUUGAGCUUUAUAUUUUGCAAAAGCAGCCUCGGCCCAUCGUGUGCACAGGUGAGGGUUUGGGAGCUCUGAGCUGGGGAACAGACUUCCCUGGGUCUUCAGCUGAAGACAGUCGCUGUCUCUGGAAAAAAAAAAAAAAGAAAGUUCUCCUUUUAUUUUAAGACUGCUGACAGCAAUACUAUGCAAUAUAUGUUGUUUUUUGUUUCAGGGAGGUGUGUGUGAGUUAUCAUGGGAGAUGAUGAUCUCGGGUGUUGAUGGAGUUUAGGGCAGGGGCCAUCUCCUCUCACCCUUCCCAGCCUUUCUGCUGAUCCAGGGGGGCUGGAGAGGGUGACUCCAUCCCCAUCCCACCCCCCAAAACUGCCUCACACUUGCGAUCUCCCUCUGCCCCGUGUGUCCCUGGUCCCACCAUGCUGGGUGGGGAGGAGCAAGGCAGUGGUGAGGGCAGACCCUCCCCCCCCUCCACAGGCACCGGGACACCCUGGAGAGGCCUCCUAUAACAGAAAGAAAAAAAAAAUCCAUCUUGAUUGUACAUUGUUACUUUUUAUAGCUUAUUUUGUUUUAUCAGUUGUAGAUAAUUCCUUGUUGUCUUAUAUUAAGAAAUACUUGAAUGAUGUACAGUACAAUGCGAUGCCUUGAGCUGGUAUUGUGAAGCUAUCGUUGAUGCUGCACGCUGCAGCCUUUUUUUAAAAAACAAAACAUGGGAAGGGGAUGGCAGGGGGAUGUCUCCAAAAUUUAUCUGUCCCCCGUGCUGCUUUUGUUGGCAAACUGAGUUUCCCCUUUUUCCCCAUGCAUAAGAGCGAUCUCUUUUAUAUCUAUAUAUAUAUAAAGUACACCACACACUCUGGGGAAGGCCUGGGUGAGCCCUGCCUGUGUCCCGUGGGUGUCCUUGGCCGGGGAUGUGCAGCCAGAAGAUGCUGUGGGAGUUUGUGUGAGUUUGGAGGAUGUGCUGGGAGCAUCCGAGCUCAGCCCGGCCUUGGCGUCGCAUUUUGGGUGGGGUUUGGUUUGGACCCGGCGCUCCUGGCGUGGUGUUUGGGGGUGACCCAUGGCAGGGUCUGUGCAUUGCUGGAGAGUCUUUAAAUGCCUCUAGAGCCAGGGAUCGACUGGAAAACCUCGUGGCAGCGCUGGGCACCCACAGACACCCUGGUGGGGCAGGGAUGGCUGGGGACACCCUUGUGCCAGGGCCAGACAACCCCUCCCCGCUGCCAGCACCUCUCUCGGGGUGGUUUCCAGACAGAUGCUCCCGUGGUCCAGCACCAGCGACCCCCUCUCACCAACACCCUUCUUCCUCCUCUUCUUUCCAAGCUUUCCCCCCAUAGAGCAUCUAUCUUGGAAACCAAUUUCAAAAUUAUUAUUUUUUUUUUUAAGCUGGAAAUGUUAAGUGUUUUUGCUUCCUCUCCUUUCCCCCCACCCUUCCUCCAGCCAACUAACUCGACUUAGAACUGGUUAGAAACGUUUACUGUGAAGCUAACUCUUCUUUUAUCAAACCAGGAGAAACUUUCUCCACUUUACAAUUGAUGAAGACUGCCAAAGCUGGUUCAACAAGAGUCACGUUAACGCACUGUUGGUUUGUGCAACAGCAGCCUCUGCUUGGGGGCUGGCUGGGAAAUAAAAAUGAAAAUAUUAAAAAAAAAAAAAAAGACAAAAAAAAACAAAAACAAAAAAAAAAAAGAAAGAAAAAAAACCACACAAAAAGAAGCACUUUACUGUAUGUACCAGGUGACCUGAUACAGCUGAAUUGAAGUUUUCCUUUAUAACAA